AUGCAGGGCUCCUCACACCACGCGCCAGGCCUGAAGGCCUGGGUGGGCACCCAGGAGCAGAAGAAAGUGAAUUGCAAGCCCAAGAACCUGGAUGACCAGGAGAUCCCUUUCCGCCUCCGAGAGAUCAUGAGGAGCCGCCAGGAGAUGAAGAACCCGCUCAGUAACAAGAAGAGGAAGAAGGAGGCCCAGGUGGUCUUCAAAAACACAUUGGAGAUGGAAGCGAAGGGAACAGAACCUGACAUCAUUGUCCCCAAGUUCAAGCAGAUGAAGGGGGAAUCUGACGGGGCCUACAUCCAGCGCAUGGAACAGGAGACGCAGCAUGUACUGUUCCUUAGCAAGAAUCAGGCUGACCGGCAGCCAGAGGAGAAGGCAGCUCCAAAGAAGGAGAAGUCUGAGCGGAAAAAAGCGUUCCAGAGGCGGCGACUAGAUAAAGCCCGGCAGAAAAAGGAGGCAAAGGCUGUGGAAAUGCUGGAGCAGGAAUUGCUGCGAGACACUGUGAAGUUUGGAGAGGUGGCUCUGCAGCCCCCAGAGCUGACUGCCCAGCCCAGGAAGAGCUUCAGCAGAGACCAGCCUGGGAAGAAGGCACUGGUGUUGAAAAAGAUUCUGAACCCUGAUGUGUCACAGCCUCUGACUACCUCACUGGCCAGGCAGCGGAUCCUGGGGCAGGAAAGAGAGCGGGCUGUGAAGGCAUACAGAGCCCUGAAGAAGUUGCAGCAGCAACGGCGACAGCAGCAGUGGUAGCCGCAGGGCCACCUGCCCAGCCACCUGGCAGUACUUGCUGGAGACAGCCGGAAACUAUCUGUGCUCGACAGACAUGAAGGCUGCCUGCGAGCUGCUGGACAGGGAACCGCACUCCAGUUCUCAGUGCAGGAGAGACUCCAGGUCUUCUCUUCCUUUUCUCCCCUGUGACUAUCAUGAGUGGCUGUAGGCAGAUCUUCUAUCUUGUACAGGCAAGUGCACCAUAGAUCAGGGUCAGCACCUGAAUAAGACAAAGUAAAUAGGACCAGUGUCUUGUUCCCUAAG